ACCCCUUCGCAUCAUUCUUCAGCCUACCUUACAUAGCUUGUAAAGACCGCAGAGUUCUCCAACUCUCAACUGCAGCCAUAGUUACAACUUUUCUUCAAUAAUGUCGCAGCUCGCGAGCAGGGCUUCCACGGGCCUCGGCCGGGUCGCUGUCAGGUCCAACAAUGUCUACCUUCUUCGCGGCAGCCGGUCUGCUCGGCCAUACUCCAGCAAUGCCAAAGGCAGCUUCAAGGGGCAGUUGACCGAGAGUGUCACGCAGCGCCUGGAGCGUGAGCAGGCUGAGCGCAUUCGCAUGGCCGCCUACCGAGACUCACGUGCCGGCUGGAACAACUUUUCCCUUACUGGCCUCCUCAUCUUCACGGCCGGUCUCGGCUGGCUCGUGGGCACCCAGUAUCCCAGGGGCGAGAUCUCCCCCGAUUCCACCCUCCCCCUCGCCAAGACCACUCCCCCAAGACACGACACCGGCAAGGCCAACCUCGAGGCUGCCUGGGCCGACUUUGUCAAGAUUGUCGGCCAAGAGAACGUCAGCACUGCCGACUACGACCUUGAGGAGCACUCUAACUCGGACUGGUCUUCCCACCAGUCUGAUGCCUCCACUAGGCCCUUCUGCAUCGUCUACCCCUCCUCCACCGAGGAGGUGUCCGAGAUCAUGAAGGUGUGCCAUUCCCGCACCAUCCCUGUCGUUGGCUACAGCGGCGGCACUUCACUCGAGGGCCACUUCACCCCGACCCGCGGCGGUAUCUGCGUCGACUUCCGCCGCAUGAACAAGGUUCUGGCUCUGCACAAGGAGGACCUCGACGUGGUUGUCCAGCCCGCCGUCGGCUGGCAGGAUCUAAACGAGGACCUGGCCAAGGAUAACCUCUUCUUCCCUCCCGACCCGGGCCCGGGCGCCCAGAUUGGCGGCAUGAUCGGCACCGGCUGCAGCGGCACCAACGCCUACCGCUACGGCACCAUGCGCGAGUGGGUCUUGUCCCUGACCGUUGUCCUUGCCGACGGCACCGUCAUCAAGACCCGCCAGCGCCCCCGCAAGUCGUCCGCCGGCUACGACUUGACCAAGCUCUUCAUCGGGUCCGAGGGCACCCUCGGUCUCGUCACCGAAGCCACCCUUAAGCUCACCGUCAAGCCCGCCUCCGAGUCCGUCGCCGUUGCCAGCUUCAAAUCCAUCCGCGAGGCCGCCUCUUGCGUCGCCUCCGUCGUCGCCAAUGGUGUUCCCGUCGCCGCUGUCGAGAUCCUGGACGAUGACCAGAUGCGCAUCAUCAACCAGGCCGGCGUCACCACCCGCCGUUGGAAGGAGGCCCCCACCAUCUUCUUCAAGUUCAGCGGGACCCCCAGCGGCGUCAAGGAGCAGGUCGCCAUCGUGCAGGGUCUCUCCAAGCAGACGGGCGGCCAGUCGUUCGAGUUUGCCAGGAAUAACGACGAGCAGGCCGAGCUCUGGAGCGCGCGCAAGGAGGCUCUGUGGAGCACCUUCAGCAUCAAGAAGCCCGGUGACCACCUUUGGACUGGCGAUGUCGCCGUUCCCAUGAGCAGGCUCCCUGACAUUAUCGAUCUGACCAAAGACGACCUCAAGAAGAGUGGACUUAAGAGCUCCAUUGUCGGCCACGUCGGCGAUGGCAACUUCCACAUCCUUCUCCUUUACAGCGACGCCGAGAGAAAGCUGGCAGAGGACUGCGUCCACCGCAUGGUGAAGCGUGCUGUGGAAAUGGAGGGUACUGUUACUGGUGAGCACGGUGUCGGUCUUGUCAAGCGUGAUUAUCUCCCCCACGAGUUGGGUGAGAGCACCGUUGACACUAUGAGAAAGAUUAAGCAGGCACUGGACCCCAAGUGCAUUCUCAACUGCGACAAGGUCGUUCGCAUGCAGAAACCUGCGCCUGGCGAGAUUCAGGAGUGGUAAGACUUUAGGAUACAUUGGCUUGACUGUGGCAAGUGUAAAAAAGUGUGAUAUUGACGAAAAGGUGGCUUGUGAGUUGAACGUCCUCACCUGUAUGGUUUAAACCAGUUUCCUGUUUAUACCCUGAUUUUCGUAUUCCUCCCUUCUCCUAGAACUUUGUAUUGUUCAUUUAGUACCUACUCCUAAAUGAAUACUACACUUCACGUAC